CGUCAUCGGCCGGCGCCAGCGCUAGCGGAGGGCAGGAAGGAGGGUAGGAUUUGGAGUGGAUUUGAGGAUUACAGCCUCAGAUACAGCAGCUAGCUGCUAAUUAGCCUCCUUUAACUGGAUAAAAUCUGACUCUGAAACGGUUUACAUGAUUUUUUAAUUGCAGAGAAGUCAAACUGCUUCGUUAUAAAAGGCAGAAGUCGGGAUAAAGGGCGGCUGUGGGAGACGCAGCAACACGGUUUCCUUGACAACGAGAUCAGGUGUGAAGUGACCCCCCCCCCCUCCCUGCGGCCAUCAUGUCUUCUGUGGAGUUGAGUGGUGGCGAUGGAGGGAAGUGGCUGGACGCUCACUACGACCCGGUGGCGGGUCUGUACACCUUCUCAUCCUGUGUGGACCUGGCCGACCUGAGCGGGGACGGGGAGAGCCGGCUGGUGUUGGGGGACCUGGGCUCCGGCUCGUCAGGGAUGAAGCUGAAGGUGUACCGGGGCACAGCGCUGAUGAGCGAGAGCACCCUGCUCGACCUUCCCGCUGGCCUCGUCGCCUUCUUCAUGGACCUGCACGAGCCCCGCAUCCCCGCCGUCGCCGUGGCGUCCGGUCCCUGCAUCUACGUCUACAAAAACAUGAGACCGUACUUCAAGUUCACACUGCCGGGGAUGGAGGUGAACACACUGGAGCAGGACGUGUGGCAGCAGGUGAGGGAGGGGCAGAUCGACCCUCUGACCCUGAAGGAGAUGUUGGAGAGCAUCAGGAACAAGGCCGAUGUGCCGCUGUCCGUCCGCUCGCUCCACUUCCUCUCUCUGGACACAAACGACAUGGACGAGUUUGUGCAGCUUCACAAGCAGCAGCCAAUCAAACGGCAGACGGUCAUCACGUGCAUCGGCACUCUGAAGAAGAGCACGGCUGAUGAAGACGGAGUCAGUUGUUUGGUGAUCGGCACGGAGAGCAGCGACGUCUACAUCCUCGACCCCGAGGCUUUCAUCAUCCUCACAAAGAUGGUUCUGCCUGCUGCUCCCACCAUGAUGGACGUGACGGGUCAGUACGACGUGGAGUUUCGUAUAACAGUGGCGUGUCGCAACGGCAACAUCUACAUCCUCCGCAGAGACUCGGACAAACCAAAGUACUGCGUGGAGCUGGCGGCUCACCCCGUGGGUUUGGUGAGGGUCGGGAAAAACAUGGUGGUCGGCUGCAGCGACGAGAGCCUGCAGGGCUUCACGCAGAAGGGGAAGAAGUUGUGGAGAGUCGACCUCCCUGCUCCCAUCUGCACUAUGGCGUCCAUGGACCUCCCCACCAAAGGUUUCCAGGCGGUCCUGGUGGGUCUGGCUAACUGUGAGGUCCAACUGUACCGGGAUAAGAACCUGCUGAGCACCAUAAAGACCCCCGACGUGAUAACCAGUAUCUGCUUUGGUCGCUACGGGCGUGAGGACGGGACCCUCAUCAUGACCACCAAAGGAGGCGGUCUGAUGGUGAAGAUCCUGAAGAGGACGGCGGCCUUCGAGGACAGGGACAGCGCCCCUGGGCCGCCGGUGGCUCAGAGCAUCCGCCUCAACGUGCCCAAGAAGACCAAGCUGUACGUGGACCAGACUCUCCGGGAGCGAGAGAACGGCGUCGCAAUGCACCGCGCCUUCCAGAUGGACCUGAGCCGCCUGCGUCUGGCUGCAGCGAAGGCCUACGUCAAAGCUCUGGAGUCCAGCAUGACCCCGAUGUCCUCCAGCCUCACCGAGCCGCUCAAGAUGAACGCCGUGGUGCAGGGCCUGGGCCCGUCCUUCAAACUGACCCUGAACGUCCAGAACACGGCGGCGUGUCGGCCCGUCAUGAACCUGGCGAUCAGCUUCCUGUUCGACGAGGGUCUGUACCGGAUGAAGAACCCGUACAUGAGGAUCCCGCUGCUGGUGCCUGGACUCAUCUACCCCGUUGAGACCUUCGUCGAGUGCACCAGCGACAAGGGCAUCUCUGACAUCAUCAAGGUGUUCGUCCUGCAUGAGGGGCGGAGCUCCCCUCUGCUUACCGCCCACAUCAACAUGCCCGUCAGCGAGGGACUGAUGCUCAACUGACGACAGACGCCCCCCCUCACCCAAAUCACUGACGGACUUCUGAUUGAUUUAUUACAGACUCACUUACGCUCUGGAUCAUCACGACACCAGAAGCUUAAACUUUAAUAUACUUCUAGUCAAAAUCAAACGAUACCUGUUUGAUACCACGGCGAGUUUUUGGUGCCCAGUAACGGGUAAAUUCUUAACGAUCACACUGUCUUAAUUUCACAACAACAUUCGCAACGCUCUUAACCAAAAGCUGCAGCGAGAGAGAAAAAAAAAGAGAGAGAGUGCUGUUUAUAUUGCAUAACAUUUUUUUGCAACCUUUCAGUAAAAUACACACAGCUGAGUUUUUUGGUAUUCAGGCAGUUUUUGAGUUUCACAUGUAAAUAGGUAUUUUUUUAAACAGAGGUUUUCCUCCUGUUUAAAAAAAGAAUCCUGUCACACUAAAACAUCUUCGUCCACAUGAAAACGCAAAACGACUUGUUCUCGCAAUUCCUCCGCAACGACCGUUUCAUUUACAAAGUCGUCCAUUCAGGCGUCUCUGCUCGUCAGCAUAGUGGGAGAGUAACUGUGUGUGUAUGUGUGAGCAUGUAAAAAGUCCAGUUAGCAACGUUAGCACCAGCGCUAGUUUGGUUACGUCGCACGAUGACACACGGAGGAGAAACCAGAAGCUUAAACUUUAAACAUCACAAGAACUAAACUCUGUUUUCCCCGUCUUCACAGAAACACCUUAAACUGAGAUUCUGAACAUCUUCACCCUGGAAGGAGUUUUAUUAAAGGUGCGUUUUAAAAAAAACGUCCACAUUUGGAGUAGGCCUUAGAGAGGGAGAGAGGCGGAGCAAGGUGAAGAGGGACAGAGUGAGAGCGGGCAAAUUGGUAACAUGUAACAUUUAUUAAAACGCAAAUUAAACUAUACCGAUAUAAACGAGAUUGUCUAACCCUCUUGUCUCAUUUAAACAUAUAUCAACAAAUCUUAAAAACUUGAGUUAAAUGUGGUGCAGAAGAAACAGAUGAAGUGACAGAGGUAGUUUUAAAGAGGACAUAUUCUCCCCCUCCUCCACCUUUUCAAACAGUCUCCUCCUCCACCUUUUCAAUCAGUCCCCUCCUCCACCUUUUCAAACAGUCCCCCUCCUCCACCUUUUCAGUCAGUCCCCUCCUCCACCUUUUCAAUCAGUCCCCUCCUCCACCUUUUCAAUCAGUCCCCUCCUCCACCUUUUCAGUCAGUCCCCUCCUCCACCUUUUCAGUCAGUCCCCUCCUCCACCUUUUCAAUCAGUCCCCUCCUCCACCUUUUCAAACAGUCCCCUCCUCCACCUUUUCAAUCAGUCCCCUCCUCCACCUUUUCAGUCAGUCCCCUCCUCCACCUUUUCAAUCAGUCCCCUCCUCCACCUUUUCAAACAGUCCCCCUCCUCCACCUUUUCAAUCAGUCUCCUCCUCCACCUUUUCAAACAGUCCCCCUCCUCCACCUUUUCAAACAGUCCCCUCCUCCACCUUUUCAAUCAGUCUCCUCCUCCACCUUUUCAAACAGUCCCCCUCCUCCACCUUUUCUAACAGUCCCCUCCUCCACCUUUUCAAACAGUCCCCCCCUCCACCUUUUCAAACAGUCCCCCUCCUCCACCUUUUCAAACAGUCCCCUCCUCCACCUUUUCAAACAGUCCCCCUCCUCCACCUUUUCAAACAGUCCCUCUCCUCCACCUUUUCAAACAGUCCCCCUGUGGUCUAAAUGAAACAUCUGUGCUUUGGUCAAAAUAUAACAUGAAUCAAGCACCAGAGGAGGUUUGUGACCCUGUAUAAACCAGCUCUCUCAGAACGCUCCGUUUUGGUGUGUGUGUCUCUUUAAAUGUAAUGACCCCCCCCCCCCCCCCGAGUUUUCCCAGUAGACAUCACUCCUCUGUAGAGAGAAUAAAAGUGGGCGACCUGCUCAAAAGUUUUGUUCUAGUCUGGGGGUGGAGUCUAUGGGUGGAGAUAUCAGGGGAGGGGAGGGGAAUUUUUUUUUACCAGAAUCCCACUGUGACAUCACAAGGAGAGCAGAUUUGAAACAGAGCAUUUUCCUCUGUGUUGUAAGACUUAUGCAGACCACAAACAAAGGACUGGAUGGUUUAUUUCACAUGUUGUGGGUCAAUAGACUCUCAGGUUACCCAGAUAUAUGUUCACAAACACUGAAGAAGAGGAUUUUUCAUAAUAUGUCCCCUUUAAAACACAGACCAUCCUCGGCCUAUCUCCCAAAGUACAUCUAGUCCUUACAGUAAACAUGGUGCAAUAUUCUCCUAGAUAGACUUUUACAUAGAAGAUGAGAAGAAGAUAGAAUCUACUGAAAGGUUAAUGUAGAAUAUGAGAACAGAUAAAUAUAUUUUACUCCUAAAACUAACUUUUUAAAACAUGUGAAGACUGAAUGUAUGACAUGAAAAUUUGUAGAUUUAUUCAUAACUUGCAAAGGCCGUGAUUUAAGAUUGUAUUAUAGAUGUUUUUCAAGUUUGUAUAGAUUGUUGUAAAGUUGCCGUGCAUUUUUAAAAUAGAAGGUGGAUAUUU